UCUAGAACUCGCGAUUUAACACCCGGGCGUCUCUUGGGAGAUUGGAAUGUAUUUCUUAAACUUUUACUAAAAAUAGAUUUUAAUUUUGGAGACUCAACUGCAUCACUAUUUGUCAUGUAGGAGCGGUUUUGAUCAAGGUGUUGUUCUUUUAAAGAUGGUGUUAGUGAGAAGAGUGGUGUGAAAGAAUGGAUGUCUUGAGAGGGAAAUGGAAGGAAAAAUGCAUUCUGAACGUUUGCGCUCUGCUCGUAGUGUGCUGGUCAGUAGACCCCUCCCUCUCGGCACCACCACCUCCUGAUAGGACCCGGGAGUUGCAAUGCCUUGAGGGGAGUCAUUACCGCACUGCUAACGGGACAUGCUGUCGAAAGUGCCAUGAAGGGUUUAAGUUGAAGGAAGACUGCACUAAAGAGGGUGAGAGCAAAUGUGAACCCUGUAAAGAGGGCAGGACAUACCUAGAGAGGAGUAACUAUGCCAAGAACUGCCUCCGUUGUACACGCUGUGAUGUAGACAAUGAGGAAGAGGUGUCGCCAUGCAAGAAGAGUAGUAACACAGUGUGUCGCUGCAUUGAAGGCUUCUACAAAAAGAGAAUAGACUCAGUAACACGGGAGUGCCUCCGUUGCAAGACAUGUGGACCUGGAGAGAGAGAAACGCAACCAUGUACUCCAGAGAGCGAUACAGUGUGUGAAUGUAAGGACUUCCGAAACAAGAAAAACAACAGGAACUGUCUUCCAUGCCAAAAUUGUAGAUCAGCUGACUGUCAGCAGGAGUGUGCUUCAGGCACAGAUCCCACUCCCAAACCUAAAGACACUGGAUGGGGUGUUUGGUCUCACUACCUGUUGGCUGCGUUCGGCUGUGUUUGUGUGGUGCUGCUGGUGGUGAUGGGGAUCAUGGGCAUACUAGUGGUCCGACGGAAACUGAAGGGGUCAAGCUCCUUUCUCUCUGCUGAGAUCACCUCUCAGGGCUCCGAGAAGUCUACUCGGAGGCUGAUCCAAGAGGCCUCGGAGAACGUUCUCAACCAGAGUAUUCCAGUGUGUGAGCGUGAACAGGAGCUCCUCAGCAAGCUACCGGACUGUGUCCCCAAGGAGAUCAAGAUCUCUGAGUUGAUCUACUCGGUGUUGGACCAAGUCCCUCUGCGUCGUGUGAAGGAGCUGGUGCGUUCGCUGGGUGUGAGUGACAUAGUGAUAGAGAGGGCUGAGAAUGACCACCUCCGUGACACUAAGGAAGCCCAGUACCAGAUGCUGAGGGUCUGGGCUAAGGGAAGUGCUCAGGGAGGGGGAGGGGUGCUAGCACGCCCUCUACUGUACCACCUGCUGGAUAAGCUGAGAGACAUGGACCUGGGAGGGACUGCAGAGGAGCUGGAGACCAAGUAUGGAGAUCAGUAGAGGGAGAGCGAUGCAGACUGUAUAGACCAAGUAUGGAGAUCAGUAGAGGGAGAGAGAGAAGAUCAGACACACAGACUCAUCCCCUUGUCCCUGACCUCACUUGCGUAGACCUGAGCGAAUAGGAUUGGUACAGUGUAAGCAAUAUGGUAGUUGUUCCACCUGGUCCAGAUCUGAUAGACUAGGUGGAAGUGAUGCCAUGCUUUCACAAUAUUUCCUAAUGGCAGUGAGCCUGAUUAUUGAUUGCCAACUGUAACUUAUACUGUUCUCAUGUUUUUUUUGUUGCUCAUUCAAACCAAUGAGUGAGGAAUCGUAUGUUACAAAGCAGUUUUAGACAGUGUUGUUUGUAAAACAGGCAAACUUGUAAUGUGUCACACACAGGUAUGAGAACCACACUAAGAAUUUAGUUAAAUGUCAUGUUUAGAGUAAUACAGAUUUAACACCCAUCUAUAGUAUUACAGUUCUAUAUUACUGAGUAUUAGGUGGCGACAGGUAGCCAGUAACUGAAAGGUUGCUGGUUCGAAUCCCUGAGCUGAUAACGUGAUAAAAAUCUGUCUGUGCCCUUGAACAAGACACUUAACCAUAAUUUCUCCUGUGAAUCGCUCUGGAUAAGGAUGCCUAAAAUGUAAAUGUGAAAUGUAUUAUUUACUGGUGUUGCAGUGUAGUACUCAAGUAAAUAUUUAGAUAGGGAAGCUAAAAGCUAUACAGAUUCCUUCUGUCUCAAUCUUGCAUUAAUCAACCACAAACAUAUCAAAAGAUAUUAGCAUUAUAUGUCAUAUUUGAAGUCUUUGUAUUGGUUUGUAUAUGGUUAUUAAUACUGCAUAGGAGGAUGUUGUAUAUUUGAAUGGUUCUUUGAUAAGUUGCUGCUUGGGCGUGAAGAUAAAACUACUGUAGUUUUGCUGUCUUUUA